AAUUAAAAAUACAUGGAUAAAUUUCGUCUAUAAAUUUGCUAUAUGGCAGUGCCAGUGUAAUAUGCUCGAUCGAGAGAGAGAGAGAGAGAGACAUGGUAGGACCUCUGAGGCCUGAAUUUGUGUUGUUUGGUUCAUCCAUUGUUCAACUUAGUUUUGGUGAUGAAGGUUGGGGAUCUAUCGUUGCCAAUUUGUAUGCUCGCAAGGCUGAUAUAGUCCUGCGAGGAUACUCCGGUUGGAAUUCAAGACGCGCUUUGGAGGUUCUUGAUAAAGUAUUUCCCAAGGAUGCCAAUGUACAACCAUCAUUAGUAAUUGUUUACUUUGGUGGCAAUGAUUCGGUUCGACCAAACCCACAUGGUCUUGGUUCUCAUGUACCCCUUCAAGAAUACAAGGAAAAUAUGAGGAAGAUAGCCAUCCAUCUUAAGAGCUUGUCAAAGAAAACUCGCCUAAUAUUUCUGAGUUCUCCACCCAUCAACGAGGAACAAAUCCGCAGUACACUCAGUAAACAACUGGGGGAUUUAGGAAGGACAAACGAAUCCUGUCGAAUAUAUUCCGAAGCAUGUUUGGAGGUGUGCCGCGAGAUGAAUGUCGAGGCCAUUGAUCUCUGGUCUGCACUACAGAAAAGGAAUGACUGGUUAAAUGUUUGCUUCAAGGAUGGGAUUCAUCUAUCAUCUGAAGGGAGCAAGAUUGUGGCAAAAGAGAUAUUGAAGGUUCUUAGAGAAGCAGACUGGGAACCUAGUUUGUACUGGAAGUCAAUGGCAACAGAAUUUUCAGAAGACUCACCAUAUGAUCCAACUGGUGCUGAUGCAAAGACCCCUAUAAAUGUUUCUAAUUGGACCUUCCAGGAAAGUUUUCAAUGGGACUAGUGUUUUAACAGUGUCUCAUGAAAUAAUGUGUUAAUAAAUCUUGAGCAAGUUUAUUCGUGGUUUUGGGCAUGCCUAGCGUCAACUCUGUUUCAUCAACUUGUGACGUUAAUGUACUUAAUUACUUA